AUGUUGUUGCCUACGAACUCGUCGCCGCCGAGCUUCCAACAGGAUUUCUAUCACAGCGUGACGGAAAAAACGAAACACUUCGCGUCGAAAUGCUUGAACGGCAGUCCCAUCAGGGACAAGAGCUACGACACCUUGCGGGGCCGGUUCAGAUUUUGCGUGUGCACCGGCCCGCGAAAGAAUAAAAAGACGGCCAAGUGGUAUGUGAAGCAGCCCACCUGGCGAUUGUGGGGCGAAGAAAAGACAGAUGGCGCUCUAUACACAGUGUACCUCAAAAAAGUCCGUUACCACCGACCCACAAGAAGCCUAUCUUCUUCUCAUUCAGACUCUGACGACGAAAUAUCUCACCUGGAAUGGGAGACGGUGCGCGUCAGGUUCGUGAAAGCGGGAACGCUGAGAAAAUUGGUGGAGGCGCUGUCGACCGACGAUGGCGAACUGGAAACCACCUACAUCAACGUGUUCCUCGCCACCUACCGCAGCUUCUCCACGCCCAAAGAAGUACUUAAGUUGCUGCUUAAGCGCUACGAGGAACUGUCGGACUCGCAGCAAAACGGCAAGCCCGACCAGCACGAGCAGCACAGAAAGACUCUCAUUUCCGCCCUUCACGUGUGGCUUGAUAGUUAUCCCGAAGAUUUUAAGGAGCCUCCAAAUCAUGCCGCCCUCUGUCAUCUUUUGCAUUUUUGCGAAGAAUAUUUACCCGCCACUGAACUUGAUGCCAAAGUCAAACAUCGACUUCAUAGGUAUAACGCAGAAGCAAAUGCUGAACCAAUCCUGCCACCACCCUCGGCAUUCGCAAUGAGAAUGUUACCUUCCGAUUAUAAAUUGUUCAAACUACCCGACAUCCCAGUGAGACAUUUUGCUGAACAACUAACAAGAAUGGAUGUGGAUCUGUUUAAAAAAUUGGUGCCACAUCAGUGUCUGGGCGCUGUGUGGUCGCGCAGGGAUAAAAGCCGGUCUCACGAGGCAGCCACCGUAUUAGCGACCGUUAAUCAGUUCAACGCUGUUUCGUUUCGGGUUAUUUCUUCGAUUUUGGUGGACCCAGGGUUGAAAACAAACGAUAGAGCGGCCAUUAUAUCGGCGUGGAUUGACAUUGCCCAAGAGUUGAGGUUGAUUAAGAAUUUUUCGAGUUUAAAGGCGAUUAUAAGCGGCUUGCAGAGCAAUCCGAUUUACAGGCUGCAAAAGUCUUGGCAGGCCGUGUCGAAGGAGAAGUUGGAGGUCUUCGAUGAGCUCGCGAGAAUUUUCAGCGAAGACAAUAACAAGUUAACUCAGAGAGAGCUACUGAUGAGAGAAGGUACGGCGAAAUUCGCCGAUACUGUUGGCGAAAACGAUAGGCAGUUGCAGAAGAUUUUCCAAAAACAAAACAACCACACUGCCAAUAUUUCCUUUGGCACCAUACCUUACCUGGGCACAUUUUUAACGGACCUCACGUUCAUCGACACAGCAAUACCAGACGUUAUAGCCGACGGUUUGAUAAAUUUCGAUAAACGCCGUAAAGAGUUUGAAGUUUUAGCGCAAAUAAAACUUCUGCAAGGAGCAGCAAACGCCUAUCAUUUCGUCGAGGACCAAAAUUUCAACCGGUGGUUCGACUCCAUCCUAGUUCUAGACGAUAGAGUGGCCUACGAGCUAAGUUGCCAAAUCGAACCGUCACCAAACACGAAAACUAAAAAACGCCAUCAGAAAAACGACUCGAUCGCAAGCACCUCGAGCAGCAAUAGCUCGCAAUUUUACUGUGAUAUCGACAGCACGCCGAGCUCGCCUCACAACAGCAUAGAUCGCAAACUGAGCCCCUCUCAGAUGUCGAAUUCCAGCAGCAAUUCCUCCCUACCGUCGCUAGAUGUCUCUUUGAACAGCUCGCAUUCCGGGAGCGCGAACAACAAGCUCCAAGUACCUUUUAACACUUCGGGUACUUUAAGUUUGAAUUCCUCCAAAAGCAGUCCGGAUUUUUAUAUAAUUAAAGUUACGUAUGAAACCAGCAGUGUGGAGACGGAUGGCAUAGUGUUGUAUAAAAGUAUAAUGUUGAGUAAUAAUGAAAGGACGCCGCAAGUUAUUAGGAACGCGAUGUACAAACUUAGUCUUGAAGGGAAUCCGGACCAAUACACGUUAGCACAAGUUUUGCCCGAUAAAGAAAUGAUGCUACCCUCAAACGCAAAUGUCUACUAUGCCGUAAACACAGCAUAUAAUCUUAAUUUCAUCCUGCGUCCAAAGAAGCUGGAAGAGAAUGAGGGCACCAUGAAAAAUUCUAAAGGGAAAUAUAAGUCAUAG